AUGGCAUCCAUGUCAAUGGCCCCGGUUAACAUCUUUAAACAUGGUGCAGAUGAAGAAAAAGCUGAGACUGCACGACUGUCAUCCUUUAUUGGCGCUAUUGCUAUUGGGGAUUUGGUGAAGAGUACUCUUGGUCCCAAAGGCAUGGAUAAGAUCUUGCUUGGUGGCGGCAAAGGAGGUACAGUAACCGUAACAAAUGACGGAGCAACAAUUUUGAAAGCCAUCGGAGUUGACAAUCCUGCAGCAAAAGUAUUAGUUGACAUGUCCAAGGUUCAGGAUGAUGAAGUCGGAGACGGGACCACCUCUGUAACAGUGUUGGCGGCUGAGCUGUUACGAGAAGCAGAGCUUCUCAUUGCCAAGAAAAUUCAUCCACAGACGAUUAUUUCUGGUUGGAGGAAAGCUACUCAAGUAGCGAGAGAAGCGUUGAGAGAUGCAGCUGUAGACCACAGCAACGACAAGAGUCGUUUCCAAGAGGAUCUGCUCAACAUUGCACGCACCACUCUGUCAUCUAAACUUCUGACUCAUCACAAGGACCACUUUGCAAACCUGGCUGUGAGUGCUGUUGAACGGCUCAAAGGCUCUGGAAAUCUGGGGGCCAUUCACAUCAUAAAGAAGUUGGGCGGCAGUCUCAUUGACUCUUACUUGGAUGAAGGUUUCUUGUUGGAUAAAAAAGUUGGCGUAAACCAACCUAAGAGGUUGGAAAAUGUUAAAAUUCUCAUUGCAAACACUGGGAUGGACACAGACAAAAUUAAGAUCUUUGGUUCCAGGGUUCGUGUUGACUCCACCGCAAAAGUCGCUGAGAUUGAAAUGGCAGAGAAGGAAAAGAUGAAGGAUAAAGUUGACAAGAUCCUCCAGCAUGGAAUCAACUGCUUCAUUAAUCGACAGUUGAUCUAUAACUACCCAGAGCAGCUUUUUGCUCAGGCUGGUGUCAUGGCAAUUGAACACGCAGACUUUACUGGUGUGGAGCGCCUGGCAUUAGUCACUGGGGGCGAGAUCACCUCUACUUUUGAUCACCCCGAGAUGGUCAAACUGGGUCAUUGCAAACUGAUUGAGCAGGUGAUGAUUGGAGAGGAUACACUGAUCCACUUCUCUGGAGUGGAAAUGGGUGAAGCUUGCACUGUUGUCUUGCGUGGAGCUACGCAGCAGAUCCUUGACGAAGCAGAGCGCUCGCUGCAUGAUGCCUUGUGUGUGUUGGCACAAACUGUGAAAGAGCCCCGCACAGUUUAUGGAGGAGGUUGCAGUGAAAUGCUGAUGGCCAAGGUUGUGACUGAUUUGGCCAACAGGACAGCAGGGAAGGAAGCUGUUGCCAUGGAAUCUUUUGCAAAGGCUCUGAGGAUUCUACCAACAAUAAUUGCAGACAACGCCGGUUAUGACAGCGCAGACCUCAUCGCUCAGCUGAGAGCCGCACAUCAGGAAAACAAGAUCACAUUUGGAUUGAACAUGACUGAGGGGACUGUGGGGGACAUGUCAGAGCUGGGCAUCACAGAGUCCUUCCAGGUGAAACGGCAGGUGCUGCUGAGUGCCGCUGAAGCUGCAGAGAUGAUCCUCAGAGUCGAUAACAUUAUCAAAGCGGCGCCCAGGAAAAGGGUCCCAGAUCAUCAUCCCUGCUAG